AUGGAAUAUCGUACACAAGCUGGAGAAAAAGAAGCUCCUGAUCGCGAUCAAUUGUGUUGCUGCUCUGUCAAUCCUCUUCUUUGGUUAGUCUGUCGUAUAGCAUCACUAAUGCUUCUACUGAUCAGAUAUUCAGGUUACGACCAGGGAAUGAUGGGCGGAGUAAACAACGCCAAAGACUACAUUGAUCUGAUGGGCUUUGGUUACACCGAGAUGAAAGAUGGCCAGCCUACUCCAGUUGUCACAAAUAGCUUGUUACAAGGAGGAAUUGUCUCCGUCUACUAUCUCGGAACGCUUUGCGGGUGCCUCCUUGGUGGAUGGAUCGGAGACUCUAUCGGUAGAAUCAAGACCAUUGCUUCGGGCGCUGUGUGGGCUAUAUUUGGCGCCGCUUUGCAAUGCUCAGCGCAAAACCACAACUGGAUGAUCUGCGCCCGCUUUAUCAACGGGAUUGGCACCGGUAUUCUGAACGCAAUCGUGCCGGUCUGGGCUACAGAGACUGCUGAACACACGUCUCGUGGACAGUUCAUUGCCAUCGAGUUUACCCUCAACAUUUUCGGUGUCGUUUUGGCGUACUGGCUGGAAUUGUGGGUCCCCUUCUCCUCUCCCACUUCGUCUGAAGAGAUCAUCUUCCUGAUCGUGUUGUUCGCAGCUGUCUGGUUCUUCCCAGAGUCCCCAAGAUGGCUAGUCAAGGUUGGGAGAGAGCAGGAAGCGCGCUACAUCCUCGGUCGUCUCCGUGGCAGCAGCGGCGAUGACGCAGUCCGAGCCGAAGCCGAGUUCCGUGAUAUCCAAAGCGUGGCGGAGCUUGAGAAGACAAUUAACCAUAGCAAUUCCUACCUUUCCAUGCUUUUCGGCUACAAGAGCGGGAAGUUGCACCUGGGACGCCGUGUGCAACUGGUCAUCUGGCUGCAGAUUAUGCAGGAAUGGGUUGGAAUCGCUGGUGUCACAGUCUAUGCCCCGACUAUUUUCAGCAUUGCCGGGUUCGAUUCGAUGAAAAGCCAGUGGAUCAGUGGUCUGAACAACAUUUUCUACAUGUUCGCGACACUUAUUUGCGUGUUCACCCUCGAUCGUAUCGGGCGUAGGUGGACCCUCUACUGGGGAUCUGUCGCCCAAGGAAUCGCCAUGUUUCUUGCAGGAGGCUUCUCAAGGCUCGCAAUCAACGCUAGGGAGGCCGGAGAUGCGAGCAAAGCAAGCUCAUACGGUGCGGCCGCCGCAUCGAUGAUCUUCAUCUUCACCUCGGUCUUCGGCGCCACAUGGCUCACUGUCCCCUGGAUCUAUCCCGCAGAAAUCUUCCCUCUAGCCGUCCGCGCCAGAGGAAACGCCUGGGGUGUGGUAGGAUGGAGUAUUGGAAACGGCUGGCUGACCCUCCUUUGCCCAGUGAUGUUCAGCUCCAUCGGCGAAAAGACUCUGUACAUCUUCGCCAUUAGCAACGUCAUCACAAUCCCCAUGGUCUGGGCUCUGUACCCGGAAAGUAACCAGCGGACGCUGGAGGACAUGGAUCUGCUUUUCGCGGCGGAGACGCCGUGGGUGUGGGAUGCGGAGCGGACCUUUGCGCGCCUCAAAGCUGAGAACCCUGGGUAUAUUGAGACUGCCGGCCGGAAGAACAGUCUCCUGGAUUCUGAGGCUGGUGUCGGUAAGCCCGCUGCUCAAACAACCCAGCAUGAGGAAAAUGUGUCGUCUGAGUAG